AUUCAGGCUAUGAUGCCAAGCAUGGACUCUCCCAAUUUAUCAUUUUCAUCAGGUAUUCGACUAGUAUGAUAUUGAUGAAAUGUGUAUGUCUGUCUAUUAGGGGAUGAGAUUGAAAUGGUUGGUUAGAGUUAGAUUAUAGAGUCAUAGUUAGGAAACCUGAAGGGUUUUGAAAAGGUACUUCCUGUAAAAUAUCUUCUGUGUUUUAGGAAUAAAACAUGGAUUGAAGAUAAGAGAUUAGUCGUUGAGAGAUCUGUUAAAUUAUUGUCACCUUUAGGUUAUACGAUUGCAACAAACUGAAUUCAGAUAGUGCUAAUCAAAUUGAACAGGAAUCUAUUUAGGCCACACUUUCAAGGUAGAACAGAUAGAGUUUGAUAUGCGGGUAUUAAUGGAGAAAGAUUAAAUGACUACUGUUUUGCUGCCUAGGGAUGAUAAUGAUGUCAUUAAUUUGGUUGCAGUAUGAAGGCGGAAAAUCUAGUUUGAGGAGAAUAAGUCGAAUUAGAAACAUGCUGCAUUCGAAGUGCUUGCCAAUAUUAUUCACAAGGAUGGUGGAAGUAAAAGAAGAGUUUUGCAGAGCAGGGUUAGGGUUGUUGAUUUAAAACUCUGUAACAAAGAAGUGAGAUGAGGCCUAAGUAUAGAACCUUGCAAAUGGUAGAAAUUUAAGAGAUAGUGAAAGAAGAGAAAUCAACAAGGGAAUUUGAAAAUUGCUGAGAGAAGAACCAGGAGAGUGUGGUGUCCUGGAGACCAAGACAAAAGAGCUUAUGGACCAAGGAGCUAUUCACUGGCAUCCUGUUUUAGGUGGCCAAGAAAAUAAAAACCCUGAGAAUACGCCAAGUUUUAGUAAUGAGGGUUUUUCGCCCUAGGUAUACUGAAAGCCUCGUUUCAAGGUAGAGUGAAGACAGAAGCCAUAUUCCGAAGGAGAUUAAAGACUAGUGACAACUGAGCUGCUCAAGGCAGGAGGACUCUGAGCUCAGCAGUGGAGGCUCUCCCGGAUCUGGAGGAAGAGUCAAUCCUUGGAACCCAUGAUGAGCCAUCCUGACCACAAGCUGAACCUCCAGUCCCUGGGGACUCCCAGAGGUGUGUCCUCUGUGGUUGGCCCACACGGUGUUGGUGCUUCGCCAGGUGACAAAAAGCCAAAGAACAAGUCCAUGCGAGGGAAGAAAAAGAGCAUAUUUGAAACCUACAUGUCCAAGGAGGAGGUCUCAGAAGGCCUGAAGAGAGGAACACUUAUCCAGGGUGUAUUGAGAAUUAAUCCAAAGAAGUUUCAUGAAGCCUUCAUCCCUUCCCCGGAUGGUGAUCGAGAUAUUUUUAUCGAUGGCGUUGUUGCUCGUAAUCGAGCCCUGAAUGGGGAUCUGGUGGUGGUCAGACUGCUUCCUGAGGAGCAGUGGAAGGUAACUAAGCCUGAGAGCAACGACAAAGAGGCAGACGCUGCCAAUGAGUCUGAUAUCCCUGAGGAGCUCUGUGGACGCCACCCCCCAACCCAGGCCCCGAAGAACUACGAAGACAGUCCUGAUGUCAUUAUAGAGGCCCAGUUUGAUGGCAGUGAUGCAGAAGAUGGACAUGGCAACACACAAAAUGUGCUUGUUGAUGGCGUUCAGAAACUCUCAGUUUGUGUUCACACAACAGGAGGAGAGAAUGCUGGGGCAGCAGUUACAAAAGAGGAGAACACCUUCACAUCACAAGACCCAAGAGCUUCCCCAGAGAAGUCCUUGCAAAAAUCAGCAAAGGUAGUUUACAUCUUGGAGAAAAAACAUUCCCGGGCAGCAACGGGCCUCCUCAAGCUCUUGGCUGACAAGAAUAGUGAGCUGUUUAGGAAAUAUGCCCUGUUUUCCCCCUCGGACCACCGAGUGCCUAGAAUUUAUGUUCCUCUCAAAGACUGCCCCCAGGACUUCGUGACCCGGCCUAAAGACUAUGCCAACACACUGUUCAUCUGCCGUAUUGUGGACUGGAAGGAGGACAGCAAUUUUGCCCUGGGGCAGCUGGCUAAGAGCCUUGGACAGGCUGGUGAAAUCGAGCCUGAAACAGAGGGAAUACUAACAGAAUAUGGCGUGGAUUUCUCUGAUUUCUCUUCAGAAGUUCUAAAAUGUCUCCCUCAGAGCCUGCCAUGGACAAUUCCGCAAGAGGAAUUCAGCAAGAGAAGAGAUUUAAGGAAAGACUGUAUCUUCACCAUUGACCCAUCCACUGCGCGAGACCUCGACGACGCCCUCUCUUGCAAGCCACUCGCAGACGGCAACUUUGAAGUGGGCGUCCACAUCGCUGAUGUGAGUUACUUCGUUCCCGAUGGAUCAGAUCUGGACAGACUGGCUGCUGAGAGAGCCACCAGUGUCUACCUGGUGCAGAAGGUGGUUCCCAUGCUCCCCAGGCUGUUGUGUGAGGAGCUGUGCAGCCUCAAUCCCAUGACUGACAAGCUGACCUUCUCUGUAAUCUGGACACUGACUCCAGAGGGCAAGAUCCUUAGUGAAUGGUUUGGCCGGACCAUCAUUCGCUCCUGCACCAAACUGAGCUAUGAGCAUGCACAGAGCAUGAUUGAAAGCCCCGCUCAGCCAGUCCCUGAGAAGGCGCUGCCUCCCAUCUCCCCGGAGCACACCAGCCAGGAGGUGCACCAGGCUGUCUUGAAUCUCCACAGAAUCGCGAAGGAGCUACGCAAACAGCGGUUUGUAGGCGGCGCUCUGCGUCUGGAUCAGCUAAAGCUUGCUUUCACCCUGGACCACGAGACUGGAUUGCCUCAAGGAUGUCACGUCUACGAGUACCGGGACAGCAACAAGCUCGUAGAGGAGUUCAUGCUUUUGGCCAACAUGGCGGUGGCCCACAAGGUCCACCGUGCCUUCCCCGAGCGGGCCCUGCUGCGCCGGCACCCCCCGCCCCAGACCAAGAUGCUCAAUGACCUGGUGGAGUUCUGUGACCAGAUGGGGCUGCCCAUGGACUUCAGCUCCGCCGGGGCUCUCAACAAAAGUCUGACUGAAACAUUUGGCGAUGACACGUACUCUCUGGCCCGGAAGGAGGUGCUCACCAACAUGUGCUCCAGGCCCAUGCAGAUGGCACUGUACUUCUGCUCGGGGAUGCUUGAGGACCACACCCAGUUCCGGCACUACGCCCUCAACAUACCGCUGUACACGCACUUCACAUCCCCCAUCCGCCGCUUCCCCGACCUCAUGGUGCACCGCCUGCUGGCCGCCGCACUGGGCUACAGGGCGCUGCCGGACCUGGAGCCCGACGCCGUGCAGAAGCAGGCCGACCACUGCAAUGACCGCCGCAUGGCCUCCAAGCGCGUGCAAGAGCUCAGCACCAGCCUUUUCUUCGCCGUCCUGGUCAAGGAGAGCGGCCCCCUGGAGUCAGAGGCCAUGGUGAUGGGCGUCCUGAACCAAGCCUUCGAUGUGCUGGUGCUGUGCUAUGGGGUGCAGAAACGGAUCUACUGCAAUGCACUGCCCCUGCGGACCUACCACUUCCAGAAGGUGGGCAAGAAGCCGGAGCUCACGCUCGUCUGGGAGCCUGAGGAUAUUGGGCAGGAGCCAGUGUACCAGGUCAUCAGCAUCUUUAGCCUGGUGGAGGUGGUGCUGCGGGCGGAGGACACCGCCCUCAAGUACAGCGCCAUCCUGAAGCGGCCAGCAACCGAGGACAUCCCAGGCCUGGCGGAGGAGGAGGGGUCCGACAACCACGAGCAGGAGGACUGAGCCCACCGCUGCCAUCCACCUCCACCCUGCUGGCUUUUACCAAGAGGACUUUUUGACACCAAAGGGGAUUUUUAAUUUGUUUUGUUUUUAACCACUCAGGGUUUUGUUUUUAUUUUUUCAUUUUAUAUUAUUUUUGCAGCUCCGUUUUUAAACGAACUGGAGGGGAGCGGGUAGGGCUGGACCGGAAGGCUGGGGGCUAGCCAGCGCUCAGCCAGCCGAGUGGGCCGCCACCCUCCGGGACCAGCCCCCUUCCCAGGCCGCCCCUGCCUUCACUGCCCAGGAAAUCAGCAUCAUGGAAUAAAAAUCAAGUGUGAAGUGGUGUGUGCUCUGUGGACGCCCCAGUGGCCAGGCCAAAGUGGUCCCUGCAUCCAGGGCAGGGACCGGACCCCCCUCUCCCAACUCACAGCUGAGCACUGAGCCUGCACACGCCACUCGCUCCCCACCCCAGGGUCACCGCCCCGGCCUGGCCUGUCAGCUCCACAGUGA